UCGCCACGUCCCCUACCAGCUGCAGCCAUGAACUCAUCAGUAAAGGACCCUCUCAGUACCAGCAGCUCAGAGCCCCUCUCGGCUGUCAUCAUCGGUAAUGGUCCCUCGGGCAUCUGCUUGUCCUACCUGCUCUCAGGCUACACGCCCUAUGUGAAGCCAGGUGCCGUCCACCCACACCCCCUGUUGCAGAGGAAGCUCAGUGAAACACCAGAGGUUUCCAUCCUGGACCAGGACCUAGAUUACCUGUCAGAAGGCCUGGAAGGCCGCAGCCAGAGCCCGGUGGCCCUGCUGUUUGACACCCUCCUGCGACCAGACACAGACAUUGGGGGAGACGUGGAGUCUGUCCUCACCUGGAAACAUCAGAAGGAGAGAAUCAUCCCCCAUAUGGUCCUGGGCCGGAACCUGCCCGGAGGCGCAUGGCAUUCCAUUGACGGCUCCAUGGUGACCCUGAGCCAGGGCCAGUGGAUGGGGCUCCCAGACCUGCAGGUCAAGGAAUGGAUGCGGCAAAAGCGAAGAGGUCUCCGGAACAGCCGGGCCACAGCCGGGGCCAUUGCCCACUACUACAAGGACUACGUGACCAAGAAGGGUCUGGACCCUAAUUUUGUGUCAGGCACUGUGGUCACAGCUGUGGAGUGGGCCACACCCCAACCCAUCAUCUCUGGCGCCCGGGACCCCACCCCCCUCUUCCACGUGCAUGGCUUCCUGACCACCCAUGACCAGAGCCCACAGCCCUUCAGCCUUUGCACCCGAAACGUGGUCCUAGCCACGGGCACGUCAGACAGCCCGGCCCGCCUGGACAUCCCUGGAGAGACCCUGUCCUAUGUCCACCAUGAGUUGUCAGCUCUGGAGAGAGCCAUGAAGACUGGUGUGGUCACCGCUGCCUCGGACCCUGUCCUCAUUGUGGGCGCGGGGCUGUCAGCAGCUGAUGCCGUCCUCUACGCCCGGCACUACAACGUGUCGGUGAUUCACGCCUUCCGACGGCCUGUGGACGACCCCGGCCUGGUGUUCAAUCAGCUGCCCAAGAUGCUGUACCCCGAGUACCACAAAGUCCACCAAAUGAUGCGUGAGCAGUCCAUCCUGUCCCCCAGCUCCUAUGAGGGCUACCUCAGUCUCCCUGAGCACCAGCUGCAGCUCUUCAAGGAGGAUCACCAAGCAGUCUUCCGAGACCCACAGGGUGGCCAGAAGGUCUUUGGGGUCUCCCUGGUCCUGGUCCUCAUCGGAUCCUACCCCAAUCUCUCCUUCCUCCCUGGGGGUGGUUCAGACCUCACUGUGGACCCUGACCAACCGCUGAGUGCCAAGAGGAACCCUAUUGAUGUGGACCCCUUCACCUACCAGAGUGCCCGCCAGGAGGGCCUGUAUGCCAUGGGACCACUAGCCGGGGACAACUUUGUGCGCUUCGUGCAGGGCGGCGCGCUAGCUGUGGCCAGCUCCCUGCUGAGGAAGGAGCUCAGGAAGCCGCCCUAG